AUGGCGACUCUGGGUUGCCUGAAUAAAGAAAGCUUUCUUAGAAAAAUUCAAAAAAAAAAACGACUCCAGAAGGAAUGGCCUGAGGAGGAAUGCCCUGAUGUCGAAACGAGUAUAAUACCGUAUUUAAUCUUUUUUGGUAUGUCGAUGGGUUUGAUCAGUAUUUUAAGAGGGGUACAUGAGCUAAGGGUUUCCCGUGAGCCAUUAAAACUUAUCCUCAGGUUCCUUCGUGUUGCUACGUGCGUUGUUGCGUGCGUUGUGACAUGUUGCAUCACUUUCAAUUACUUCAGCCCAUCAUGGAAGAUAACUAUAUCUGGAAUUAUCGAUGUAUUACUCCACCAAGACUAUGCAACUUUUGUUUUAGUUUGGGUAUUAAUUUUGAUAUUAACCCUAUCAGCUCCACCCCGGAAGAUCACAGAGGGAAAGGAUGAAAUAAAAAACGAAAAGGAUGAAAUCAAAAACGAAAAGGAUGCAAUCAAAAAGGAAUAUGUUGAGGUAUAA